UUAUCGCUGCUUCCGUUCCUGCCACCAUCUGCCUCCUUUAAUACCUGCAGCUGCGGUCAUGGGCGACGUUAUCCUCGUUACAGGCGGGACUGGUCUCGUCGGCAAGGGCAUCCAGUACGUUAUCGAGACCGAACCGGAGGGCAGCAGGUUCGGGAAGAAACCUGGCGAAAAGUGGAUAUUCGCGAGCUCGAGCGAGGCCGAUCUCAGAGAUGCAGCGCAGACGAAGAAAUUAUUUGAAAAGUACAAGCCGACGCAUGUCAUUCAUCUCGCUGCCAUCGUCGGAGGCUUGUUCGCCAACAUGAGGGCGAAGUCCACAUUCCUCCGGGACAACCUGCUCAUUAAUGACAACGUCCUGCACACCUCGUACGAGACCAACGUCAAGAAAGUCAUCUCGUGUCUCUCGACGUGUGUAUACCCCGACAAGGUCACCUACCCGCUCGACGAGACCAAGAUCCACCUCGGGCCCCCGCACGAGAGUAACUUUGGCUACGCGCAUGCGAAGCGGCUGGUGGACGUGCAGAAUCACGCGUACAAGGAGCAGUAUGGAUGCAACUUUACGUCUGCCAUCCCGACGAACGUCUUCGGUCCUUACGAUAACUAUGACCUCGAAGACGCGCACGUCAUCCCCGCCCUGAUCCACAAAUGCUACCUUGCCAAGAAGAACAACAGGCCCUUCAUCGUCGGCGGCUCUGGCAAGCCCCUCCGGCAGUUCAUCUACUCGCGCGACCUCGCGAAGCAGUUCAUCUGGAUGCUGCGCGAGUACAACGACGUCGAGCCCGUUAUCCUGUCCGUCGGCGAGAAUGAGGAAGUCACGAUCAAAGAAGUCGCCGACGCCAUUGUCAAGGCCGUUGGGUUCCAAGGGGAAUACAAAUUCGACCCAAGCAGGCCGGACGGGCAGUUCCGCAAGCCCGCGUCGAACGAGAAGCUGCUCAAGCUCAUGGGCGGCUUCCAGUUCACGCCAUUCGAGAAGGCGUUGGACGAAAGCGUCAAGUGGUUCUUGGACAAUUACAACACGGCGCGGGUCGGGAAGAGGGCGGCGUCAUAGGUUCAGGCCUCUUCAUUUAGGAUCGCUCACGCUCGUACAGUAGACAUGACCAUAUGGAUACCAAGGAACUACACCGUGCAUUACGUGAGUGAGCCUCCGAAUCAGAAUUGCUCGCCUAGCUGGCCACAGGCGUUUCCAGCCCUGUCGAUACAAACAUUCCAGUUCUGGUUACAUUUGUAUAUUCACUUGCGUCGCACACCAGCAUUCCCUCGCGACUCCACCGCGAGGCACGCGUCGUACAUCUCUUGGAUACGCGCCUGGCCCUCCUCAGACCUGGCAUCCA